UUUAUCUUGUUGGACAUAUCAUAUCAGACUCCAUCCAUCAGCAGACAGAAGCGAAGCGAAACGGGGUUGCCUCAACAAUUCGCUGUUGUUGUUCUCUUCUCUUCUCUUUGACAUGAAUACUCUUUCUUCCACGCUCCAUGGCGGGUGGCUUCCCCGCUCAGCUUCGAAAACCAAAACCGCAUCUCUCUCCAAAUGCCAUCGCAUUUGGGUCACCAAAGCUUCUGUUGCCGUUGAGCAACAAACUAAGGUCGCUCUCAUCAGAAUUGGUACCAGAGGAAGUCCACUAGCUCUAGCACAAGCAUAUGAGACCAGAGACAAACUCAUGGCAUCACACCCUGACUUAGCCGAAGAGGGGGCUAUUGAGAUUGUGAUUAUAAAGACAACAGGGGACAAAAUCCUCACACAACCACUUGCAGACAUAGGUGGGAAGGGCUUGUUCACCAAAGAAAUAGAUGAGGCACUCUUGAACAGCGAAAUCGACAUCGCUGUCCAUUCGAUGAAGGAUGUUCCUACUUACUUGCCUGAUAAAACAAUUCUGCCAUGUAACCUUCCGCGAGAGGAUGUCAGAGAUGCAUUUAUAUCCUUGACUGCAGCUUCCUUAGCUGAUCUUCCCCCUGCAAGUGUUAUUGGUACUGCUUCGUUAAGACGAAAGUCACAGAUCCUCCACAGAUAUCCAUCUCUUAAUGUGCAGGAAAAUUUCCGUGGCAAUGUCCAAACAAGGUUAAGAAAACUCAAUGAGGGGGUUGUCCAAGCUACACUAUUAGCAUUAGCUGGACUCAAACGCUUAAGUAUGACAGAAAAUGUGACUUCAAUCCUAUCAAUAGAUGAUAUGCUUCCAGCUGUUGCCCAAGGUGCCAUUGGAAUUGCCUGUAGAAGUGAUGACGAUAAAAUGGCAGAAUACAUUGAUUCACUUAAUCAUGAAGAAACAAGGCUAGCAGUUGUCUGUGAAAGGGCCUUUCUUCAGACUUUGGAUGGGUCUUGCCGCACUCCUAUUGCAGGGUAUGCUUGUAGAAACGAAGAUGGCAAUUGUUUGUUUAGAGGAUUAGUUGCUUCCCCUGAUGGAACCAGAGUGCUAGAGACAUCCAGGGUUGGUCCAUAUGCUGUUGAAGAUAUGAUUGAGAUGGGUAAGGAUGCUGGCAAGGAGCUUCUGUCUCGGGCUGGACCUAACUUCUUCAGUAGUUAGCAGCAGAUGAUUAAAGUGUGAUCAGGUACACACAGGUUUCAUGGUCAGCUUUCGGCUAUUGCUUCCUAAGUUAAUUCAUUCUUUGACCUGUUGUAACUUUAGAGUAGAUUAAAUGUUCAAUUGAGUUUGGGAAAGUGGACCUCUCAUUAGGGUCAAAUUGUUGUAUUUUGAGGAUAUUAGAAUGCCAAUUUUUUAGGUAGUUUGUAUAAUUACCACGAUAGUGGACUUUUGAGAUUUCACGCUAAAUACACCUGGGUGUUUCUCAAAUUCUCUUAUUAUUUAUAUUACCUUGUUGCACGGUUAA